AAGAGCCGGCGCUGGGGUUGUCAUGGGAACCGCGGCCUAGGCAGGUGCUGACGUCGGCGGGUCGCGAGCCGCCUGCACUGCGACACCCGGUCCGCUUGCCCAACCUGGGUCGCUGCCGACUGGACGAGGAGAGCCGCUGGGCGACGUCCGUCCGGGCGGCGGCUCUGGCGCUGGUGGCGCGGCCGGCGGCGCUGGCGCUGGUCUGUGUGUCAACCCGGUCCUGACUCUUGUACCUGUGAAAUCCCGUCUUGAUUCCAACCGAGAAAAGGUUUUGGUUAUUGAUGGCAUCAUUUAGUGUACUUGCCUUUUCAUUCUGUCCUUUGAAAUUUGGGGCAUAUUGAAAAGUAGAUGAACCUUAUCAAAACUAGAAAAAAAGAUUACUGACCUUUAUCCAAAAAAUUUGGGCAUUUUUUUCUAUGUAGAUAUAGUGAUGGCUCCUUGAAUCUACUCACCAGGAUCCUGAUUGAAUCAGUGGUUUACAUUAUUGAUCAGUGUUCUCUAUAAAGCGGAGAUAUGCCCACUGUUGAAAGUGAAGCCAAAAUGAAAACCAAAGUUCGCUUUGAGGAAUUGCUUAAGACUCACAGUGAUCUAAUAUAUGAAAGAAAAAAGCUGAAGAAAAAAAAUAGCAAAUCUGGAGAAAAAAUAUCAUUUGAUACCCUUCGAAGCAAUCUUCAGAAUAUUAAAGAAGCUAAAAGUGAUGACUUACAUGCUCCUGACUUUAAUGAAAAGAGCAUGCGAAUCACUAAAAAUAAACUAAAAAACACACAGUUAACAACUGAAAGCCAAGAUGAUGAUGUUAGCGCAGAAGACAAGCAAGAAAAGGGGAAUAAAAAGGUUAUCAAAACAGUGAUUCAGAUGACUCCGCAAGAAAUGGAACUGGAGAUGUCUGAGAAGAAGGUGGAUUCCACAUAUCAGAAAACACGAAAAAAAUCACAGCCAGAUGUUGCUCAACAGAAAAGUGAGAAUGCAAAUGAAGAAAGGGAAAAUAAUUUAGAUGAAGAAGAAGAAAUGCUGCAAGUGUACCAGCUCAAAGUAGCUGAAGAAAUGGCAAAGGAGAUUAAGAAGAAAAUAAGAAAGAAGCUCAAAGAACAGUUGGCUUACUUUCCCUCAGAUACUUCAUUGAAUGAUAGCAAGUUGAGCAGUGAAAAAAGGAAGAAGAAAAAGAAAAAGAAAAUUCCAGUCCUGUCUGAAGCUGAAACAAGUACAUCACUCAUAUCUAAUGACACAGUUGAAGGUGAGCAAAAGAAACAAUCAGUCAUUGGAGUAAUUCCUUCAGAAUCUCAUCAAGAAGAUGAAAUAAACUCAGUAGAACAGAGUGUUGAAGAGAGCAUGCAGGAUGACACAAGAUCCAAGCCAAAAAAGAAGAAAAAGAAGGCUAAAGCAGCUUUAGAUGCUAAUGAAGAUGCUGAUGGUGAUGGUUUUCAUGAAGUAACAAGCCAAGAUAGUCCAGUUUCUCCUAAAUAUUCACUUGAUGAUGACCUUGUUCUGGGAGUUUAUAUUCACCGAACAGAUCGGCUUAAGUCAGAUUUUUUGAUUUCUCAUCCAAUGGUAAAAAUUCAUGUGGUUGAUGUGAAUACAGGCCAAUAUGUCAAGAAAGAUGAUAGUGAACGGUCUGUUUCAUCUUAUUAUGAAAAAGAGAGUGUGGAUUAUAUUCUUCCUAUUAUGACCCAGCCAUAUGAUUUUAAACAGUUGAAGUCAAGACUUCCAGAGUGGGAAGAACAAAUUAUAUUUAAUGAAAACUUUCCUUACUUAAUUAGAGAUUCUGAUGAGAGUCCCAAAGUCAUCCUUUUCUUUGAGAUUCUUGAUUUCUUAAGCAUGGAUGAAAUUAGGAAUCACUCUGAGGUUAGAAACCAAGAAUGUGGCUUUCGGAAAAUUGCUUGGGCAUUUCUCAAGCUUCUAGGAGCCAAUGGAAAUGUAAACAUCAAUUCAAAACUCCGUUUGCAGCUGUUUUACCCACCUACUAAGCCUAGAUCCCAAUUAAGUGUUGUUGAGGUUUUUGACUGGUGGUCAAAAUGUCCAAGAAAUCGUUACCCUUCAACACUGUAUGUAACAGUAAGAGGACUCAAAGUUCCAGAAUGUAUAAAACCAUCUUACCGGUCCAUGAUGGCUCUUCAGGAAGAAACAGGAAGCCCAGUACACUGUGAACGUCUCCGUGAGCCCAAUUCAGUAGUCUCAGAACCUGGAUUAGAAGAUUCAAAGGAAGUAGUAGAGUGGAAGCGAUUGCCUGGACAGGCUUGUCGUGUCCCCAACAAGCACCUUUUUUCACUAAAGGCAGGAGAACGAGGAUGUUUUUGUCUUGCAUUCUCCCACAAUGGAAGAAUAUUAGCAGCAGCCUGUGCCAGCCGGGAUGGGUAUCCAGUUUUUUUGUAUGAAAUUCCUUCUGGACGCUUCAUGAGAGAAUUGUGUGGUCAUCUCAAUAUCAUUUAUGAUCUUUGCUGGUCAAAAGAUGAUCGCUAUAUCCUCACUGCAUCAUCUGAUGGCACUGCAAGGAUAUGGAAAAAUGAAUUAAAUAAUAUAAAUACCUUCAGAGUUUUACCUCAUCCUUCUUUUGUUUACACGGCCAAAUUCCAUCCAGCUGUGAAAGAUCUGGUAGUUACAGGAUGCUACGAUUCUGUUAUACGGAUAUGGAUCGUUGAUGUAAAAGAGGAUCCUGCCAUACUGAUUCGACAAUUUGACACUCACAAGAGUUUCAUCAACUCUCUCUGUUUUGAUAUUGAUGGUCAUCAUAUGUAUUCAGGAGAUUGCACAGGAGUGAUUAUUGUUUGGAAUACCUAUGUUAAAGUUAAUGAUGUGCAACAUUCAGUGCGUCACUGGACUAUAAAUAAGGAAAUUAAAGAAAGUGAAUUUAAGGGGAUUCCAAUAAGUUAUUUGGAGGUUCAUCCGAAUGGAAAACGUCUAUUAAUCCAUACCAAAGAUAGUACUUUGAGAAUUAUGGAUCUCAGACUAUUAGCAGCAAGGAAAUUUGUAGGUGCAGCAAACUACCGAGAGAAAAUUCACAGUACUCUGACACCAUGUGGGACUUUUCUGUUUGCUGGAAGUGAAGAUGGUAUAGUUUAUGUUUGGAAUCCAGAAACAGGAGAACAAGUAGCCAUGUAUUCUGACUUGCCAGUCAAGUCACCCAUUCGUGACAUUUCGUUUCAUCCACUUGAAAAUAUGGUUGCAUUUUGUGCAUUUGGACAGAAUGAGCCAAUUCUUCUAUAUAUUUAUGACUUCCAUGUUGCCCAGCAGGAGGCUGAAAUAUUCAAAUGUUACAGUGGAACAUUUCCAUUACCUUGUAUACACCAAAUGCAAGAUGCUUUGUGUACCUGUCCUAAACUGCCUCAUCAAGGCUUUUCUCCAGUUGAUGACUAUGCCCAUACUGAAAAUUCUUCAUUGAAGAUGCAGCAAGUGAAACAGACACUUGAUUCUGUCACGGUCAACAGAAAUCCCUCGUUUACUUCAACAUCAGCCUUCUCGCAACAGUCUAAGUUAAAACACUCAAACAUGCUGACCUCUCAUCAGAUUAUACAUCAGUUCGAUUUCACUCAGACUGGGAAUAUCAGCACGCAGAAAUCUUGUAACUCUCAUAUAGAUACAGCACCAACGGUAGUGGCUCUUUAUGACUACACAGCAAAUCGAUCAGAUGAACUAACCAUCCAUCGCGGAGACAUUAUCCGAGUGUUUUUCAAAGAUAAUGAAGACUGGUGGUACGGCAGCAUAGGGAAGGGACAGGAAGGUUACUUUCCAGCUAAUCACGUGGCUAGUGAAACACUGUAUCAAGAACUGCCUCCAGAGAUAAAGGAUCGAUCUUCACUUUUAACACCCAAGACAAAAAACAAAAUAGAAAAACCUUUCUCAGCUUCUCCAAAGUCAGUCAUCAAGGCCAAGUCCCAGGAUUCCAGACUGGGUACCGAGUCUGUGAAAUAUUCUGAAGUGAGCAAAAAGCAGAGCUGUGAGUGCCAUGACAUGCAGGUGAAGAGGACUGAGCAAACCAGCUGAAAGAUUACCCUAAUAGAGUAAAGAAUUGUAAAAAUGAAGAGAAUAAGAAGCAAACACACAGAAAUGAAAUAACAACCUGAACUGAGUGGAACUUCUCUUCUGAGUUCAGAGCCCUUCAAUACGAAUGAAGAAGCAAGGAUUAAUUAUUUCUUUUGAAAAAAUCCAGAAAAAUCAGAAGAUGUGGAUGGAAAAAGUAAUGUGAUGUUUUAAACUUAUUACAAAUCUGACUUUUGCUGGUCAAAGUACUAGUACUUGUAUUUAUUAGUAAAUUCAUCAAAAUUACAUUGCACAGUUGGCAAACCAGUAAAGAAAAAUAUAAUUAUUAUAUUAUUCAGCAAAUGUGAAGAAAAAGUUUUGCAUUGUUAGGUUAUUUGCUAAGUAAUGAUUAUUAAUAUUGGUCUAUCUCUCUAAUAUAUAAUGUGAUUAGAUAUGUGUUACUAUGCUCAGAAUAUGAAAAAACUAUUUUUGAAAUUUGAUUUUAUUUAAAAGAGCACAGUAAAUUCCACAUGGUCCCAGUUUUUUAAAAAACAGCAUUAGAAAGGAACAAAUGCUUUUUAGAAUUGAGUGUGUGUGUUUAAUUAAUCACAAAUGUAACCUGAUACUCAAAAACUAAAAAUGGCUUUGACUCUGCUGGCAACAAUACAAAACUUAUUUAUUAGGAAAAAAAGGUUUUAUAUUUAAGAAUGUAAGUAGUUUGUAUACUUAAAGUAUUUCAUGUUUAUUUUAGUUUCAAUAAUUGUUUUUAAAUUGUUAUCUUGCAUUUAAUUCUUUUGUACCAAAAUAACAGGGCUUUUACCUUGUAACUAUUUUGAAGUAUGAUGUUAUAAUAGAAAAGCUCAAUUUUCUGAGGUUUUUUAUUCUUCUCUUUUCUCAACUAUGUGAGUGUAAUUCUGCGAAUAAAAUAUUUAACCCCAAGGAGGUCAGAGCUUAUUUAAAAUUAGAAAAUAUAUUUACCAAAUUAGACCCUUGAUUCGACUGAAAUAAGAAAUGAGAAAAACAGUGUUGGUCAUUGAGGUGUAAAUUUUCCCAGAUGUAUACCGGUGUGAAAUAUAUUUUAGCAAAAAUAUAUUUGGCUUUUAUCCUUGCACAUGUGGUAGGGGCAUAAAAAUGGGUAAACAAGCCUCUGGUAUGUGGAACUUGAAAAAGGAGGGGCCUUUCUGAAAGUGGCAGUGGUGUGAUGGCGGCUGAAGCUUGGGCAAGCAGCAGAGAAGUCUGUUCCCAGAAGAAUUGUGCCCCACCCCGGGCCCCUGGAGGCAGAAAUGGCCUGUGCUUCACAUACAGCUGGUCUGGUCGCAGCCUGCUCCAGUGGCCCCGGAACAAGUAUUGUCUCUGUCUUGUGAAGACAUUUGAUUGAGAAAUGAAAAUAUGUGUCUCUGUAACUUCAGCUCAUUGAUAUAUUUGUUGAUUUUCUGUUUGGGUUUUAAUCCCAAAGUAACAAGUUGUAGAAAUACUUUCCAUCAAGCCAAAUAGAUUGACCUAAAAAUAAAAGUUUUUGAAAUUUAAAAAAAUAAAAUAGUUUAGGCCAUGAGUGUAAACUUUUGUUUUAAAUGAACAUUGUAACAGAAAUUUGUGUUUUUGAAGACAGUAAUUUUGUAAUCUUAUA